GGGUCAGACAUUGGAUCGUCUGGCUUGACAGCGGGCAUCGGGUCACCAGGCAUCAGCAGGCACCGGGUCAUCUGGCGCUGGAUCAUCUGGCUCGACAGCGGGCAUCGGGUCACCAGUCAUGACAGCGGGCACUGGGUCAUCAGGCAUUGGAUUGUCUGGCUCGACAGCGGGCAUCGGGUCACCAGGUAUGACAGCGGGCACUGGGUCACCAGGCAUCAGGUCAUUUGGCUCGCCAGCGGGCACCGCGUCAUCUGGCAAGGCAGUGGGCACCGAGUCACCAGGCACGACACAGUGAGCUCCGAGUCAACUGGCAUGACCGCGGGCACUGGGUCAGACAUUGGAUCGUCUGGCUUGACAGUGGGCAUCGGGUCACCAGGCAUCAGGUCAUUUGGCUCGACAGCGGGCACCGCGUCAUCUGGCAAGGCAGUGGGCACCGAGUCACCAGGCACGACAGUGGGCUCUGAGUCAAUUGGCACGACAGCGGGAACCGGGUCAUCAGGUACCGGAUCGUCUGGCUCGACAGCAGGCACCGGGUCAUCUGGCAUUGGAUCGUCUGGCUCGACAGCGGGCAUCAGGUCACCAGGCAUGACAGCGGGCACCGGGUCAUCAGGU